AAAUUUCUUUGGUUUCUAUUUCUAUGUGAAGUCCUUCCACUGUGCAGAGGACUGCCUGGCAGAUGUGAAAAGCAGCAGCAGCCCCAGAGGUGCAGAGAGAUGGCUUUCAGCAGUGCCCAGCCUCCUUACCUGAGCCCGGGCGUCCCUUUCCACGGGGCAAUUCUAGGGGGCCUCCAUGAUGGACUCCAGAUCAUCAUCAAGGGGACCGUUCUUUACUGCAGUGGAAACAGGUUUGCUGUGAACUUUCAGACCGGUUGCAGUGGAAAUGACAUCGCCUUCCACUUCAACCCUCGGUUUGAAGAGGGUGGGUAUGUGGUCUGCAAUACAAAGCAGAAUGGAUCCUGGGGGCCUGAGGAGAGGAAGAUGCAAAUGCCUUUCCAGAUGGGCAAGUUCUUUGAGAUCUUUGUCCUGGUGCAGAGUUCGGAUUUCAAGGUGGCAGUGAACGGGAGCCAUUUCCUGCAGUACUCACACCGCGUGCCCUUCCACCGUGUGGAUACCAUUGCAGUCCAAGGUCCUCUGCAGCUACAUUCCGUCGAGUUCCAGCAGAACAGUGGUGCUGCCCCCAUCCAGCCCGUCUUUUCCACAGUGCAGUUCUCACAGCCUGCUUGUUUUCCCCCGAAGCCCAAGGGGCGCAGACCGAAACCUCCAGGCAUUUGGCCUGCCAACUCAGCCCCUGUCACUCAGACGAUCAUCCACACAAUGCACAACACCCCUGGACAGAUGUUCCCUAAUCCCGGAAUCCCACCUAUGGUGUACCCCAGCUUAACCUAUACACUGCCUUACUUCACUGCCAUCCCGGGCGGGCUAUACCCGUCUAAGUCCAUCAUCGUGUCAGGUACCAUCCUGCCCUGCGCCCAGAGGUUCCACAUCAACCUGCGCUCUGGCAGUGACAUCGCCUUCCACCUCAACCCCCGCUUCAAUGAGAAUGCUGUGGUCCGCAACACACAGAUCAACAAUUCCUGGGGGUCUGAGGAGCGCAGCCUGCCUGGGAAAAUGCCCUUCAGCUGCGGCCAGAACUUCUCGGUGUGGAUAUUGUGUGAAAGCUACUGCCUCAAGGUGACCGUGAAUGGCCAGCACUUGUGUGAAUACCGCCACCGCCUGAAGAACCUGCCGGCCAUCAACAACCUGGAAGUGGGGGGCGACAUCCAGCUGACCAAUGUGCAGGCAUAGAAAGACCCCGGGCCCUUGGCUAGCGGGCUGGGGUGCAUUCCUAUUUGGAUCUCCUCCUCACUCAAAUCCACCACCCCUGCCCCAGCCCCAGCUCAGCCCUUUCCAUCCAGCCUGUGACCUGGGGCUUU